GUGGAAGGCAGAGGGCGGGGCGCGGCGCCCAGGUGUGCGCGCGCGGGCGCGGCUGAGGAAGGUGACAGCGGGGAGGGCGGGACGGUGGGGGGAGGCUGUGAGGACUGAGCCUCGGACGAACGGACGGACGGACGGACGGACCGACAGACGGACUUACCGGCAGACAUGCGGGCGGCCCAGCUCUAGCCCGGGCGCGGAACUCGGUGCAGCCAUGGAGCAGCGGCUGCGCGCUCUGGAGCAGCUGACUCGGGGCGAGGCCGGCGGGGGCCCGGGGCUCGACGGCCUCCUCGAUCUGCUCUUGGGGCUGCACCACGAGCUCAGCAGCGCCCCCCUGCGUCGGGAGCGCAAUGUGGCGCAGUUCCUGAGCUGGGCCACCCCAUUCAUAACAAAGGUGAAAGAGCUGCGCCUGCAGAGAGAUGACUUUGAGAUCUUGAAGGUGAUCGGCCGAGGGGCCUUCGGGGAGGUCGCCGUGGUGAGACAGAAGGACAGUGGGCAGAUUUUUGCCAUGAAAAUGCUGCACAAAUGGGAGAUGCUGAAGAGGGCUGAGACGGCCUGUUUCCGGGAGGAGCGGGAUGUGCUGGUGAAGGGGGACAGCCGUUGGGUGACCACACUGCACUAUGCCUUCCAAGACGAGGAAUAUCUGUACCUGGUGAUGGACUACUAUGCUGGCGGGGACCUCCUCACGCUGUUGAGCCGCUUUGAGGACCGUCUUCCGCCUGAACUGGCCCAGUUCUACCUGGCUGAGAUGGUGCUGGCCAUCAACUCGCUGCACCAGCUGGGCUAUGUCCACAGGGAUGUCAAGCCAGACAACAUCCUGCUGGACAUGAAUGGGCACAUCCGCCUGGCUGACUUUGGCUCCUGUCUGCGACUCAACAAUAGUGGCAUGGUGGACUCAUCAGUGGCUGUAGGGACACCAGACUACAUCUCCCCUGAGAUCCUGCAGGCCAUGGAGGAGGGUAAAGGCCACUACGGCCCACAGUGUGACUGGUGGUCACUGGGAGUCUGCGCCUAUGAGCUGCUCUUUGGGGAAACGCCUUUCUACGCAGAAUCUCUGGUGGAAACCUAUGGCAAGAUCAUGAACCAUGAGGACCAUUUGCAGUUCCCCUCUGACGUGCCUGAUGUGCCAGCCAGUGCCCAGGACCUGAUCCGCCAGCUGCUGUGCCGCCAAGAGGAGCGGCUGGGCCGUGGUGGGCUAGAUGACUUCCGGAAUCACCCCUUCUUUGAGGGUGUGGACUGGGAGCAGCUGGCAACCACCACCGCCCCCUACAUCCCUGAGCUUCAGGGUCCUGUGGACACCUCCAACUUCGAUGUUGAUGAUGACACCCUCAACCAUCCUGAUACUCUACCACCACCCUCCCAUGGGUCGUUCUCUGGGCACCACUUGCCAUUUGUGGGUUUCACUUAUUCCUCUGGCCGCCCCAGUCCUGAGAGCAGCUCCAAGCUAGCAGCUUCCCAGGAGCGGAAGCUCCACUAUUUGGAGGAGGAGAAGGUGCAGCUGACCUGGGACCACCAAGACCCUCAGGAGCUGGCACAGCUGCAAAAGGAAGUGGAGACCCUAAGGGAGAGGCUGGCAGAGACGCUGAGGGACAGUAAGGCCUCCUUGUCCCAGAUGGAUGGGUCCCCUGCUGGUAGCCCAGGCCAAGUCAGUGACCUACAGCAGGAGAAGGACCAGCUCCAGCAGGAGCUGGCUGAGGCUCGGGCAGGGCUGCAGGCACAGGCACGGGAGCUGUGCCGAGCCCAGAGCCUGCAGGAGGAGCUGCUGCUGAAGCUGCAGGAGGCCCAGGAGAAAGAGACGGCCACAGCCAGCCAGAUCCAGGCCCUGAGCUCCCAGGUGGAGGAAGUCUGGGAUGCCAGGAGAGAGUUGGAGACCCAGGUGGCCACCUUGAACCAGGAGGUGACGAGGCUCCGGGGACAACAAGAGCAAAGCCUUGAGAAGGAGUCCUCACAGACCAAGACCAUCCAUGUGGCCUCUGAGACCAACGGCACUGGACCAUCCGAAGGGAGCCUUCAUGAGGCCCAGCUCCUCAUGGAGGUGGCCACCCUGAGGGAGCAGCUAAAACAGGCUUGCAGCUAUGGCCUUGGCCUUCUGCUGCCCAGGUCCAGUGGGAAGGAGGAGGCUCUGUGCCGUCUUCGGGAGGAAAACCAGAGGCUGAGCCGGGAGCAGGAGCGGCUGGCCGAAGAGCUGGAGCAGGAACUGCAGAGCAAGCAGCGGCUGGAAGGCGAGCGGCGGGAGACCGAGAGCAACUGGGAGGCCCAGAUCGCAGACAUCCUCAGUUGGGUGAAUGAUGAGAAGGUCUCGCGAGGCUACUUGCAGGCCCUGGCCACCAAGAUGGCUGAGGAGCUAGAGUCCUUGCGGAACGUGGGCACCCAGACAAUCACCACCCGGCCUCUGGACCACCAGUGGAAGGCGCGACGUCUGCAGAAGAUGGAGGCCUCGGCGCGGCUGGAGCUGCAGUCGGCGCUGGAUGCUGAGAUCCGAGCCAAGCAGGGGCUGCAGGAGCGGCUGACGCAGGUGCAGGAGGCCCAGCUGCAGGCCGAGCGGCGCCUGGAGGAGGCUGAGAAGCAGAACCAGGCCCUGCAGCAGGAGCUGGCUGUGUUAAGGGAGGAGCUGCGGGCCCGUGGGCCAGGGGACACCAAGCCCUCAAACUCCCUCAUCCCCUUCCUGUCCUUCUGGACCACAGAGAAGGAUUCUGCUAAGGACUCUGGGAUCUCAGGAGAAACUCCAAAGCCUGGGGUAGAGCCAGAGCUGAGGCCAGAGGGCCGCCGCAGCCUGCGCAUGGGGGCUGUGUUCCCCUGGGUGCCUGCUGUCACUGCCACCCCUGCAGAAGCCCUUCCUGCUAAGCCCGGCUCGCACACUCUGCGCCCGCGGAGCUUUCCAACCCCCACCAAGUGUCUCCGUUGCACCUCGCUGAUGCUGGGCCUGGGCCGCCAAGGCCUGGGCUGUGAUGCCUGCGGUUUCUUCUGUCACUCAGCCUGUGCCCCACAGGCCCCACCCUGCCCCGUGCCCCCCGACCUCCUCCGCACGGCCCUGGGAGUACACCCUGAAACAGGCACAGGCACUGCCUAUGAGGGCUUCCUGUCGGUGCCGCGCCCCUCCGGUGUCCGGCGAGGCUGGCAGCGGGUGUAUGCUGCCCUCAGUGACUCACGCCUACUGCUAUUUGAUGCCCCUGACCCGCGGGCCAGCCCAGCUAGCGCUGCCCUCCUGCAGGCCUUGGACCUGAGAGAUCCCCAGUUCUCUGCCAUCCCUGUCCUGGCCUCUGAUGUUAUCCACGCCCAGUCCAGGGAUUUGCCGCGCAUCUUUAGGGUGACAGCCUCCCAGCUGACGGUGCCGCCGACCACGUGUACUGUGCUGCUGCUGGCAGACAGUGAGGGGGAGCGUGAGCGCUGGCUUCAGGUGCUGGGUGAGCUGCAGCGGCUGUUGCUGGAGUCGAGGCCGAGGCCCCGGCCUGUGUACACGCUCAAGGAGGCCUAUGACAAUGGGCUGCCUCUGCUGCCCCAUGCGCUGUGCGCCGCUGUCAUUGACCAGGAGCGGCUUGCCCUGGGCACCGAGGAGGGGCUGUUUGUGAUCCACCUGCACAGCAAUGACAUCUUCCAGGUAGGGGAGUGCCGCCGAGUGCAACAGCUGGCCCUGAGUCCCUCUGCGGGCCUGCUGGUUGUGCUGUGUGGCCGUGGCCCUAGUGUGCGCCUCUUUGCCUUGGCUGAGCUGGAGAGCACGGAGGCGGCGGGGGCCAAGAUCCCUGAGUCUCGAGGCUGCCAGGUGCUGGCAGCUGGGCGCAUCCUGCAGGCUCGAACCCCUGUGCUCUGCGUGGCUGUCAAACGCCAGGUUCUCUGCUACCAACUGGGCCCAGGACCAGGGCCCUGGCAGCGUCGCAUCCGGGAACUGCAGGCACCCGCACCUGUGCAGAGCCUGGGGCUACUGGGUGACCGCCUGUGUGUGGGUGCAGCUGGUGCCUUUGCUCUCUACCCAUUGCUCAAUGAAGCCGCGCCCUUAGCCCUGGGGGCUGGCCUCGCACCUGAGGAGCAGCCACCAUCCCGAGGGGGCCUGGGCGAGGCCCUGGGUGCCGUGGAACUCAGCCUCAAUGAGCUCCUCCUACUGUUCACUACUGCUGGUGUCUACGUGGACAGCGCCGGUCGCAAGUCACGCAGCCAUGAGCUGUUGUGGCCAGUGGCACCCAUCGGCUGGGGUUAUACAGCCCCCUACCUGACAGUGUUCAGCGAGAACUCCAUUGACGUGUUUGACGUGAGGAGAGCAGAAUGGGUGCAGACUGUGCCGCUCAAGAAGGUGCGGCCUCUGAAUCCAGCGGGCUCCCUGUUUCUCUAUGGCACCGAGAAGGUCCGCCUGACCUACCUCAGGAACCGGCUGGCAGAAAAGGACGAGUUCGAUAUUCCCGACCUCACAGACAACAGCCGACGCCAGCUGUUUCGCACCAAGAGCAAACGCCGGUUCUUCUUCCGCGUGUCAGACGAGCAACGGCAGCAGCAGCGCAGGGAGAUGCUGAAGGACCCCUUUGUACGCUCCAAGCUCAUCUCACCGCCCACCAACUUCAACCAUCUGGUGCAUAUGGGGCCUACUGACGGGCGGCCGAGCGCCAGAGCUCUGGGAGAGAAGGCCCGACGUGCCCGUGGCUCCGGCCCACAGCGGCCCCACAGCUUCUCAGAGGCUUCGCGGCUCCCAACGUCCAUGGGCAGUGACAGCCUCCCUAGAGACGCAGACUCGACAGUGAAGAGGAAACCUUGGACAUCUCUGUCCAGCGAAUCAGUGUCCUGUCCCCAGGGGCCUCUGAGCCCUGCGGCCUCCCUGACAAAGGUCUCAGAGCGGCCCCGGAGCCUCCCUGCAGCCCCGGAGUCAGAGAGCUCCCUGUGACACCCGCUGGCAGGGCCCACCCCAUACCAGGACAGAAAGACAUGAGAGAACAAAGAGCUUGAGGCGCGCCAUACCCCGGCUGGCCGGGACAUGUGAACACACUCGGACUCAGGGAGGGUCUGGGUGGGGCGGUGCCUGGGAGGCUGGCCUGGGUUCCUAGGAGUAGGGGUCCUGUUACCAGUCUUCAUCCCCCCUUUCCCUCGGCUCCUAUCCCAGCCUGUGCUGGCCACUGGGGAGAGAAUAGCCCUGGUGCCCAGGGUUAAUUGUGCCAAAGCUCUUCGUCCCAGUGCCAAGCCCUGGGAAGCUUGUAAGCACUGGGACAAGGGACAGAAGGAGGACAGGGUCCCUAGAGCAGGCAGGGGUCCUGUUUGCACACGGGCUGACCCCUGGCAGAGGCUGAGAUGGGGCAUGUCAGAGUGUCUGCUGGAGGUCAGAGUGGGAAAGACAGGUACUUUUUUUUUUUUAAAGGAAAGAUUGAUUGAGAGGAAAGGACAGAAAAGGAGGAGGAACGAAGUAAGUGAAGGAGGCGAGAGGGAGGCGAAGGGGAGGAGGAGGUGGUAGUGACUGGCAGGAGAAGCUGUCCAGAGGAGGAGAGGGGUAAAGAGGAGCCGUGAGGAAGAGGAGAGAGCGACAAGAGGGAAGGGGUAGGGAAGAGAGCUGGCAGAGAACCCAGACUGGGGCUCCUUUCUCUGGAGAGGGCUUGGUGGGAUUGGGAGCAGGACUGACUCUGUCAGCGACUCUGCCAGGGAAGACAAGUUCUAGGCAGGGAUGGGAUGGGGGGUAUUUAUACAGGCUUCUCGAUGGGAGUUGGACACCCAGCAGGGCCACCCGAGGGUCUCCAGGCACUCGCUGGCCCUUCCUAGAAAGGGGGAUCCUUUUUCUCGAAGCUUCAACCAACUAUGUAUUAGGGGAACAUAGGGGGCAUUUUAUUAUCGCUCACAGUCAUUAUUGUUAUUAUAUUACUAUUUUUAUUAAACCUCCCCCUACCAAAGUGUGGGGGACAAAAUAAGUAUUUAUCUCCUCAAGAGCCACAUUCCCAGGAGGGAUAGACCAGGAUGCUCUGGGAAGCAGCAAGAAACCAAUAAAGAUAACUUUGUAAGCUG